AUGGAGAUGAAGGAAAAGGCUGCUGAAAAGGGAAUCACCAGAUCAUUGCUUUGUCUAUUCCCUACUGGUGACACACCAUUCUCUGUGAGACUGUUUGAUGCCAUUGUCAGUGGAUGCAUACUAGUUGUAGUCAGUGAUAAGUUGGAGUUACCUUUUGAAGGACUGCUUAACUACAGGAAGGUCGUUUCUGGUUAUUUUUCUGAUGUGGAUGGGUUGAUGGCUAUGCUACUUUGUUUCAUGGUCCAUAGACUAUUUACUGAAGCCUCUAGAUAUGGCUAUUACACAUUAGUUUUAUGCCCUUAUCAAAUUGAUGCAAUUUUACCAACUUCAGGUCCUUGCAGUCUCCAAGCACUGCACAACAAGAUCAUAGCUCCUGAAGCUUCUCAACAAGAGAUAAAUGUAGAAACUUCAGAUAUGUUUCAACAUUAUGACGAAGAAAUGGUUGGUAAUGGAGAUCCCCACACUAUUUUUUUCCAUCUUCCUGAUGAGUUGGGCUCCAUGCACGAUCUUCAAUUUUAUCUUUUGGAUGACUCUGCAAAAAUUAUUAAUGUAAUGUCUCAAACACUUCGGUACCUCGAGGAAUUCUUGGGCCCAAUCCUCUUUUUCUGGACUGCAUGUGGUGUCAGUUUAGCUGCUCUUGUUGAGUUAGUCAUAAUUUAUCAUGCCUUCCGUUCCAAGAUCUUAGCACUGUCAACUGCAAGAUCAAUAGUUGGAGAUCCUGGUUUCAGAAAGUGCUUCUUCUUCUUCACCAGAACCUCUAAUUCCUGCUUUUCUCGUGACACCAUUUCACGUGCAGUUCAAACAGUUGAGAUUCUUUCUGGGAACGAAUGCGGCCUCAUGAUUGACAGGAUAGUCGUGUUUCACCCAGAAAGGGUGUUCAUUGUGAAAUUUUCAUUUGCCGAAGAUUUUCACGAUAUAGCAAUGCGGAUGCCAUCAUCGGGUAUGCCUGUUAACAUUUGGCCAUGCUUGAAGAGCUUCCAACUAUUCUUGGUAGUGCUAAAAUUCUUUAACACUAUAGCGUCUUGUUUACUGGAUUUGUUCAAAAGCAACCCUGUUAAAGAAAUCGUUAGGGUACUAGCUAGGUGA